GUCUACUGGUGCCCAAUUAUUUACUAUAUAUUGGAGUUACAUUCCCCGUCAUAUCCCUCUCAUCAACAGCAAUUUACACACACAGAGACAGAGAAUCGGUCAAUCGAUCUAGAUUUGAAAUCAUUUCAAAACCAUCACUAUUGCCGUGGUUUAAUUAAUUGAAUCUACUUCAUAAUGGUAUUUCUCCGUUCUUUCUCCCGCCAGCUUCGGCGGCCUGCCACCUCUCUCCUUUCUUCUAAAGGAUCUCUUACUUCUAGCAGUCCCUUCAGGGCUUCUCUGGCCAAUUCCAUUGCUGGUGCGCGUACGCUGACCGCCUCUGCGAGCUUACAGGGUAAAGUUCUUAUGGUCCUCUAUGACGGCGGAGAGCACGCCAAGCAACAACCUGGUCUCUUGGGUACCACCGAGAACGAACUCGGAUUAAGGAAGUGGAUUGAGGAGCAGGGCCACACUCUGGUCACCACCUCCGACAAGGAGGGCGAGAACUCUACCUUCGACAAGGAACUCGUUGAUGCUGAGGUCAUCAUUACCACACCCUUCCACCCCGGCUAUCUCAACGCGGAGCGCCUGGCCAAGGCCAAGAACCUCAAAAUCGCAGUAACUGCUGGUGUUGGAUCGGACCACGUCGAUCUGAACGCUGCUAACAAGACCAAUGGCGGUAUCACUGUCGCUGAGGUGACUGGCUGCAAUGUCACCUCCGUUGCUGAGCAUGUCGUUAUGACUAUUCUUACCUUGGUCCGCAACUUUGUCCCCGCCCACGAGCAGAUCGCCCGUGGUGAGUGGGACGUUGCCGCUGUUGCUAAGAACGAGUUUGAUUUGGAGGGCAAGGUCGUCGGAACUGUCGCUGUUGGCCGCAUUGGCGAGCGUGUCCUCCGCCGCCUCAAGCCCUUUGACUGCAAGGAGCUUCUGUACUAUGACUACCAGCCCCUUAGCCCCGAGGCAGAGAAGGAAAUUGGCUGCCGCCGCGUUGACACCCUCGAAGAGAUGCUUGCUCAGUGUGAUGUUGUUACGAUCAACUGCCCCCUCCACGAGAAGACCCGUGGUUUGUUCAACAAGGACCUCAUUUCCAAGAUGAAGAAGGGCUCGUGGCUCGUUAACACUGCCCGUGGCGCCAUUGUUGUGAAGGAGGAUGUUGCCGAAGCCCUUAAGUCCGGCCACCUGAGAGGCUAUGGUGGUGAUGUCUGGUACCCUCAGCCCGCCCCGAAGGACCACCCACUCCGCUACGCCCAGCACCCAUGGGGUGGUGGCAAUGCUAUGGUUCCUCACAUGUCUGGUACCUCAAUCGACGCCCAGAUCCGUUACGCUCAAGGCACCAAGGCUAUCCUCGACAGCUACUUCUCUGGUCGCCAUGACUAUAAGAAUGAGGAUCUCAUCGUUCACGGCGGUGAUUACGUCACCAGGGCCUAUGGUCAGAGAAACAAGGCCUAGGCCUCUAGAAUCACUUGGGAGUGACUUUAUUAAAAUGCUUUCUUGGCGCACGCUUCUGGUUUGAAGAGUCCUCGGCAAUUUUUACUUAUGAUACCUGAAAUUCAGAUGGUUUUAUUCUCACAUAAUAUUGGUAUGGAGUAAGUUGGUCUUUGUAGAUUUAUUAAAGAAUCUAAACCAUAGAAUGGCAUAAUUACUGGCGUAA